ACAUAAGAAAAGUUUAUUAUUAAUUGAUUGCGAUAUCAAACAACUGUAUAUAAAGAGUAAAUAAAUUAAGGCUUAAUUUAAAAGAAAAUAAUUACUUUUUAAUUAAUUAUAACAACUAUUAUUAUAAUAAUUAAUUUAAUAACAAUGAAAUUGUUUAUUGCAUUGCUAUCGUUAUCGUCUAUAUCGGGACUGUUGGGCAGUCAAUGUCCAAAAGCGGCGACAAUAGCUCCGUGUGUUUGUCUAAGCGAGUCGACCGACGGCACAAACCGAGUGGUCUGUGACGGCAAAGACAAUAUCAAUCUCAAGAAAAUCUUUGCCGAUAUGAGCGCUGAGUUGGUCUCAAAAGACAAACUGUUUCAUUGGUUUCAAUUGACAAACACUGCAAUCACUGAACUAACCGAUAGUGUCUUCGCUGACAUCAAGUUUCAGUUCAUUACUAUUGAAGGCGCGUCUGCUUUGAAACUGAUUCAUACGAAUGCCUUCGCCGGACAACAAACCACUAUUCAGACACUAAGCAUAGUUAAGACACCGUUAGCUGAUAGUGAAGAUCCUAACUAUAAUGUGUUCAAAGCUAUCAAUUCGUUGACUGGACUCAAGUAUCUGACACUUUGGUCAACAAAUUUGACUAAAAUCCCAGAUCAGGCACUGACCAAAACUACACUACUCUCGCAAAUAUCAUUACAACAAAACAAAAUACAGACUAUUGGUAGCCAAGCGUUCGCCAAUUUCCGACACCUCCUGUCACUUGAUCUCAGCUAUAAUAACAUAAAUCAUGUUUCGGACAAUGCAUUUGUUAUCAAUAAAAACUAUUACGAAACACAACUCGACCUCAACUUAGGUUACAAUCAUUUGGACGACAAAUCUCUGUCACCGCAAGCUUUUGCCGGACUUAAGACUACAAUUAAGCUGUCGUUAAAUAAUAGAUCAGUAAAAGUAUUACCGGAAUCACAGUUUGCACCCAUUUUAAGGGCCGAUAAGGGAAAUGAAAUCAUUCAGACCGUCGACUGUCAAAACUGUGACAACUAUUGGUUAGAAAGAGAUUUUCCGUUUCAAGUGCUUAACAUGUAUUGUACUAAUUAUCACCGUUUGAAUGAUACCCGAGAAUUCAUAAAAUGUCAUUAA